AUGAGAGCUGGAUUACUAAAAAAUUAUGGACCUACUUAAAUAUUCCCAGAUAAUAAACAAUAAAGAGCUUCUUCAUUUUAUGCUAUUACUAAUCAUUAUCUAAAAGCAUAAGUUAAUAAGAAUGAUCAGAAAUCUAAAUCAGUGAAUACAUAUGGAGUUGAAUGUAGUUUAUAAUAAUAUUAUAUAUAGAGAGAGACUUUUAUGAUUAAUUGAGAUUAAAAGGGAAGGCAAAGAAAAGGUAUUGAUAUUUAGAAUUUUAAUGCAGUUAAAAUUAAAAUUCUCAUAACCCUAUAUUCAAGUUAAAGGGUGACAAUAUUGUUGCAAUUAAAUCAAAAGAUCGAGAAUUAUAUCCUGUAGAUAUAUAAUGGAAUAAUUGUCAAAUAGGUAGAAUAUAAGGAGAAAUUAAUGGAAAGAUUGAUAAGAAUUAUGCUAAAGUAAAUAAUAUUAAAAAAUAGAUAAGGAGAUAUUUGGAAGGAUCAUCAAGUGUGAUUGAUUAUUCAGAAACUAAAAUGUAUGACUAAUUCAAUUCAUAUGCUAAUAUAACCAAUUAAGAAAGAUUUUCAAAAGAUUGUGAUAUCAUGUUUAGAACUAGUAAUAAUGCUUAACCUAGUAAAGUACAAACAACUGGAAGUAUAGUGAGGACUAAAUUUGAACCAGAUUGGAUUCAUAGAGGGAAAAACUGA